CACCAGAGGGAAACAAGGCGCCAGCGCGCUACCAAAAUGUACUAGGGUUUUGCCGAUCGACUCGCAGGGCGAGGAUCGAUCUAUGGCGCCCGAGGGAUCGGCUCUAGUCGCAAUGUCGGCCGCGAUGUCGUGCGGCCAGCUCCAUCGCCUCAAAGGGAUGCAACAAAGGAGGAAACCAGCUGGGAAACAAAUUCCAUUCUUCCAUGGCAAUGUUUGCUCCAAGAGUUUUCUUCUAGGCAGCAGAGGUCUAGAAGGAAAACUCGUUCUUUGGACGAAUCCAAGGCUAAGGCCGAGCAGGAGAAAAAUGGUGACAUACUGCUGGGGGACUUCUUCGCCUGGUUCCGAGAGUAUAGAUCAGUUGGAGAGCGAGAAAAAAUCCAACGAGGAGCCUGCCGUGGAAAUCAAUUCCAGUAAAGGAACUUCCAGCGAUGAAAGCCACUCGUUCACCACUACUGCUAGCGUGGAGGACGACAAACCAAAGUCCUGGUUCGACAGGAUACCAAAGCGAUGGCAGAUUGUAGCCUUGUGCUUCUUUGCAUUCCUCCUGUGCAACAUGGAUCGGGUGAAUAUGAGCAUUGCUAUUCUCCCAAUGGCUUCCGAGUUCCAUUGGAACUCCACCACAGUCGGUUUAGUGCAAUCGUCAUUCUUUUGGGGAUAUCUUCUCACACAGAUUGCUGGAGGUGUGUGGGCAGACAGCAUUGGAGGGAAGAAAGUUUUAGGAUUCGGAGUGAUAUGGUGGUCAGUAGCAACAGUUUUGACUCCUCUAGCAGCAAAACUUGGCCUGCCAGUGCUAUUCGCGGUCCGAGCUUGCAUGGGAAUUGGCGAGGGCGUUGCAAUGCCUGCAAUGAAUAAUCUUCUCUCUCGUUGGAUUCCGGUGACCGAACGCAGUAGAUCGCUUGCCUUGGUGUACAGUGGAAUGUAUCUUGGAUCGGUGACAGGACUUGCGUUUUCUCCCGCCUUGAUUCACAAGUAUAACUGGCCCUCAGUUUUCUUCACGUUUGGUUCGUUGGGAGCGGUCUGGUUUACAUUCUGGCAGAAAAACGCAUAUAGCUCGCCUGCGGAAGAUAUCACGCUUUCGGAGGAAGAGAAGAAUUACAUACUCGGAGAUAGCGCCCAAGAGAAAGUAGCUAUAGGCGAGAUACCCUGGGGUCAGCUUCUAUCUGAACCAUCUGUGUGGGCGCUAAUAGUUUGUCACUUUUGCCACAACUGGGGGACUUUCAUUCUCUUGACAUGGAUGCCGACGUACUACAACCAGGUUUUGGGAUUCAAUCUGAUGGAAUCCGGAAUGUUUUCAGUCCUUCCUUGGUUGACAAUGGCGUUGUCCUCUAAUCUUGGGGGAUGGAUAGCUGACAAUCUUGUAAAGAGGGGAGUUUCGGUCACACUUGUUCGGAAGGUGAUGCAAUCCAUUGGUUUUCUUGGCCCGGCUUUUUUCCUUACGCAGCUUAGCCAUAUCCGUUCGCCUUCUGGUGCUGUUCUGUGUAUGAUGGCUUCCCAGGGUUUGGAUGCUUUCUCGCAGUCGGGAUUGUAUUCCAACCAUCAAGAUAUUGGCCCUCGCUAUGCGGGAGUAUUGCUCGGACUCUCCAAUACUGCGGGAGUUCUUGCUGGUGUCAUAGGAACUGCUGCAACAGGAUACAUCUUGCAGCAUGGGACAUGGGAUGACGUCUUCAAAGUAGCAGUCGCAUUGUAUUUAGUGGGAACAGUUGUUUGGAACCUUUUCUCAACAGGAGAGCGAGUUAUCGACUGACAAAAAAUGUUUUUCCCGAUUAGUAAAUCAAUAACGUAAAUUGCGGGGAGUU